GAAGGAGGGACCGGAAGUCGGUGAGUUUACCGUGUGGCUUUACCCGUUGACGGCGAUGAUCUUCACCGAAAUCAGUAAUUACUUCCGCUACAUGAAGCUUCUUCAGAUUCUGUUCCAGAAGUGGAGUGCAGAUCCUAUCCAUUACAGAUUGCCAAAUGAAUUCCCUGGUUGCUUAUGAGUCUUCAGAUUCAGAAACAGAUGAUGACAAAAGAGAAGAAGUCAUUUCUCUUCAGAGAGAAAAUGAUCCUGUCCACUCUAAAUUUCAAUCUGCAUUUCCAACUACUUCAGAAUGGGAAUCAUCUAGACGUGAAUUAGAGUUAAAAGUUGCAUCUUCUGGAAGCGCACAUACGGAAUGCAAAUGGCACAAUACACCGAAUUGUACAAAGACAUAUAUCUGUGUAACUCCAAGAUCCCCAGAGAUGCUUUUGAAUGAUGAGACAUAUUUUCAGUUUCCUAAAAAGGACAAUAAUAAUCCAGCAAAUCUGAUGUGGAAAUCUGAUGGAAUUCCUGUAAAAAUGGCCCCCUCAGCUCAGAAGAGAGGAUUUCAAACCUCAGUGGCAUCUGCUCAAAAUAUUAAACCUUACAUACCCAAAAGAUUAAGGCAAAAAGAUGUACCUUCGAAAAGCAAUGAUUUCAAAGACAGCACAAAAGUUUUGACCUCUGAGACAAACUGUACUGCAACGGAAGAGCAACAGUUAAAUCUGUUGAACAGAAUUUCAGCUUUCAUUAAGCCUUACUUGGAAAACCAAUACAAAACUACAAAUAUUCCAAAACGUGUGGUUUUUCAGAUCUCUGAGCACAAAGGACCAGUAACUACAAUACAUUGGUGUCCCGUGCAGCAACACAGUCAUUUACUGCUCUCUGCUUCCAUGGAUAAGUCUGUAAAGAUAUGGGAUGCUGUUGAAACAGGAAGAUGCCUGAUGACUUACCAGUGCCAUUCUGGGGCAGUUCGUGAUGUUCAGUGGUCCUUCUGUGGAAGACGUGUCCUCAGUGGUGGCUUUGAUUCUAUGCUUCAUUUGACGGAUAUCGAAACAGCUAAACAAAUCAUCAGUGUUCAUAAUGAAUGUCAAGUCACUUGUUUAGCUUUCAAUCCUGAGAACCAAAAUAUCUUCUUGAGUGGAGGAUUCAGCUCAACAGUGAGAGCAUGGGAUACAAGAAAUUGUAAGGUGGUGAAUGAAUACAGUGCUGGAAUACAGCAAACACUUGACAUUCUUUUUCUUCCGGGUGGAAGAGAAUUCCUUACCAGCACAGAUGCUGUAAGCAGAGACUCAGCAGAUCGUACAAUCAUUGCUUGGGAUUUCAAGACUUCUGCAAAGAUAUCUAAUCAAAUAUUCCACGAAAGAUAUACCAUCCCUUGCCUGGCUGUUCAUCCCAAAGAACCUGUCUUUGCUGCUCAAACCAAUGGCAACUAUAUGGUGUUAUUUUCUACCCAGCGACCAUACAGGAUGAACAAAAGGAAACGAUAUGAAGGCCAUAAGGUAGAAGGAUAUGACGUGGGCUGUGAAUUUUCACCUGAUGGGACUAUAAUUGCCACAGGAAGUGCUGAUGGGACACUGUGCUUUUAUAACUACCUGAAUUCAAAACUAAUUCAAACCUUGCCAGCCCACAAGGAGGCCUGCAUUGAUGUUUCAUUUCACCCUGUGCACCCAUCUAUUAUUGCAACUUGUGACUGGGGUGGAGAAAUCAAAGUUUGGCAGUGAUGACCUGUAAAUUGCAGCUGAAUUUGAGGAGCAAUUAUGCAUUAUCAUUCAUUAUAAAACAAGUCACACUUGUCCACAGUACCAAGAAAAUGCAGUAUGGAUUUCCCUUUAUCUGCUGAUUAAUUCAAUGAUGCUUAUUAUGUUCAAUCUCAGAUAUGAGUAUCAGACAAUGUUCAAGUCUCUGCACUAGGCCAGUAUAUCCAGACUUUUGCAGUGUAAGGAAAGUUAGACAUGUAAAAUAUCUUCAUUGUUCUUUACUCAUAAAUUGUGGCCAUGUUGUGGAGCAUCACUCCCAUUUAGUGACCAUUUAAUGUUUCAAAAAGCACUGAAGAAGGGAAUCAAGCCAACAGCUGUCAGGUUACAAUAUUAAGCAAGUUGUCUGAAUUGUGUACAUUUGGUUUAGUAGUGAAUCCUAUGAUUGUAUCAAUAACAUUAAAAGAAUGAUACCGCGUAUAUUUAUAACAGUCAAUGUGCAAUCAUCCUGUUUCCAGCAUCAAUAUCGUUAUCAUUAUUGUAAACACACAAUUUAUCAGGUUCCAAUAGGAUAUUGUUGCUAAAUGGUCAAAGUUUUGGAAACCGUUUACAUUGAUUGCCACCAUAUCACCUGCAAAACUUGUGAAUCCGUUUUUGUGCUACUUUUGCACAACAAUCUCAGGAAAUGCUAACCAAAACACUCGAGUUAACCUGUGAUUAACCAAAUGGAAGAGUCAGAAAGGUCAAUCACACCCCUGUUGGGCUGAUCUGCAACUCCAGGUAACCAGAUUCAAUGACUGUUAUGUGAAAUGUUUAACAGUUGAUUGUUGAAGCUGACUAUAUAAAAUAAAAUCGAAUAAAUUAUUAAUUAUUUGACUUAAAUUAAGAAAAUAACUUAAAUACUUCCAUUCUUUCUUUGUUAUUUUGGUGUAUUAAGCAAAUGAGGUACAGCUUUUUUCUUUCAAUACCAUUUAAUUACUCCAUCCUUGAAUUAACUUCUACAAUUUGCAGACAUUGCUUUGCAUUGUGGAAUGUAUUUUGAGACAAUAUUCUAUUGGAACCUGAUAAAUGGAGGGAUCAAUUUAAGAUUGGUUUAAUUCAAGUAUUUAAAAAUAAUACUGCCUGUAAAUGGAAAAGCCUUCUGACUUAUUGCUUUCAAUAAAUUAAAAUAAUGAUUUAAUAUGGUAUGAGAAUUUUAAAAAUUAAUUACAUUUGGCAUAAAUUCUAUAAAGGAUGUAUGGAAGUGACAGGGAGGUAUAAAGUUAACUGAUAGUAUUUUAGUAUGCCAACGCAGACACAGUCGACAAAACCUGUUUCUUUUGUGCUAUCAAAUGAGGAUUUCAUGAUGUUUCAAAAUGUCAAUCUAAAUGUAUCAUAUUUGAAACGAAAAUGGUAAAGCAACUUCAUGUGUGGAAAAUGGUGGUAAAAAUAAAGUCUUUCUUCAAAAAAAAUUCUAUCUAAUUUGUGAAGUGAACACUCUGUGAAAAGUAGGAGUUGGGUUCUACACUUUGCAGAUGUAUCCCAUGUUCUACUCUCAUCAAACUUGAGAUCAUCCAAAAUUCUGCUGCCCGUGCCUUAAAUCACAGCAAGUCCUGUUCCCCUGUUAUCCCUGUGCUGUCUGAACUGCAUUGGGCCCUAGUCAAGCAACAUACUGAUGUUAAGAGUUACAACAGCUGAGCAGGGAAAGGCCUCAAGGAAGGGAUUUUGGAAUGAUGUUGAGUUGACAAAACAUAGUGAAGUUAUGUGCUCUGAGUGUUCUCUUCACUUAGCUAAUUAUGUUAUUGAAGCCUUCUGGUAGUAGCAUGAAAUGCAAUGAUUGUUUUUAAUGACCUGGUGAUUCUCAUUUAUGACCCUCAACUAUUUCAUUGAUAUUUUAAAUGGCAUAAUUAAAUAGCACUGUACUUUUGGAUAAA